CCUAACGGGAAGCUGAAAUAUCGACGGCCGCUUAAUCUUUCAUUGGGAGGAAAAAAAGGUUCACGGCGAGACUUUACCACCGGGAUAACAGUCUUCGCCUCCAGCCAGAAUGAUCCACAGCCUCUUCCUCGUCAAUGCCUCGGGAGAUAUCUUCCUGGAGAAGCACUGGAAAAGCGUGGUGAGCCGCUCCGUCUGCGACUACUUCUUUGAGGCGCAGGAGCGCGCCACGGAGCCGGAGAACGUGCCGCCGGUGAUCCCCACGCCGCACCACUACCUCAUCAGCGUGCUCAGACACCGCAUCUACUUCGUGGCGGUGAUCCAGAGCGAAGUGCCGCCGCUGUUCGUCAUCGAGUUCCUGCACAGAGUCGUCGACACCUUCCAGGACUAUUUUGGAGUGUGUACAGAGGCGGCCAUCAAGGACAACGUGGUGGUGGUGUACGAACUGUUGGAGGAGAUGCUGGAUAACGGCUUCCCUCUGGCCACAGAGUCCAACAUCCUGAAGGAGCUGAUCAAGCCUCCCACCAUCCUCCGAACGAUGGUCAACACCAUCACAGGCAGCACUAAUGUGGGCGAACAGCUCCCCACCGGCCAGCUGUCAGUGGUGCCGUGGCGCCGUACGGGGGUCAAAUACACGAACAACGAAGCCUAUUUCGACGUGGUGGAGGAGAUCGAUGCCAUCAUUGAUAAAUCAGGCUCCACCAUCACAGCAGAGAUCCAGGGAGUUAUCGACGCCUGUGUGAAGCUGACAGGAAUGCCCGACCUCACGCUCUCAUUUAUGAAUCCCCGGCUGCUGGACGACGUCAGUUUCCACCCGUGCGUGCGGUUCAAGCGCUGGGAGGCCGAGCGGAUCCUCUCGUUCAUCCCACCCGACGGGAACUUCCGGCUGCUCUCUUAUCACGUCAGCUCCCAGAACCUGGUGGCCAUCCCGGUGUACGUCAAACACAACAUCACCUUCCGCGAGGGGAGCUCGCAGGGCCGCUUCGACUUGACCCUGGGCCCCAAACAGACCAUGGGCAAGGCCGUGGAGUCAGUGCUGGUCAGCAGCCAGCUGCCUCGAGGAGUCCUCAACGCCAACCUCAACCCGUCUCAGGGAACCUACACCUUUGACCCCGUCACCAAGUUGUUGUCGUGGGACGUCGGAAAGAUCAACCCUCAGAAGCUCCCCAGUCUGAAAGGCACCAUGAGCCUGCAGGCCGGAGCCUCCAAACCCGACGAGAACCCCACCAUCAACAUCCAGUUCAAGAUCCAGCAGAUGGCCAUCUCAGGGCUGAAGGUGAACCGGUUGGACAUGUACGGGGAGAAGUAUAAACCUUUCAAAGGCAUCAAGUACAUGACGAAGGCCGGGAAGUUCCAGGUCCGAACAUAAAGACUGCCGCUGCGGCCGCCGCCCCGGGACCGCCGGACCAAACCACCAUCGGACUGAUGUUUUUGGGGGGUGGGGUGGGGGGGACGGGGAGUUGGUACAGUCCCUGUGUUUAUGCAUUUCCUUUUGAGGGUUGACCCACAGCAGCUGGAGGCUUCUCGUAGCAGUUAAGUAAGAAAGGACACAUCGAAACCUCUGCUGGUGCGCGGCCGGAGUGAGACGUCCUCAGACCUCUCCGUCCCGACUCGUCCCUGUAGAUAGACAUUUUCCCCUCGUCCACACAGCUGCGUGUAGUUUUAAUCAAACCGGUACCGAUUCCAGUCGGUCAACACCAACUUUAAAUCCUGACGAUUUGAAAACACGUCCAGAGUAAAGACUGGAGCGUUUCCUGUCCGCUGUAGCACGUUAAACCUCCACAAAGUGAAAAGGAAAUGCCGCCUUCUCAUUUUUUCAGCUGUUGGCGGCCCCGAAUGAUCUGCAGCUAGUGAGACUCAGCCUUUUUAUUGGUUGUCACUACUUUGACUUCUGUCUGUUUUGUUUUUGUUUUCUUCCGGUUCUUUUUUCGUGUCUUUGUUUUUCUCUGGAGUCGACACACUGACACACUCGAAUGCGACACUGGAACCGUCCGAAUGUUUAUAUCUGUGCAGAUCCACACAGAGCCGCUCAACGUAUUUAUUAUGAGAGAAAUGCAGCUUCAUGAUCUGUGACUUUAUCCCAUUUAUUCAACUGAAAGAUCCGCCGAGUGAAGUAAAAAAAAAACCAUUAAAAUUGUAUAUUGAAAGUUUAAAAAGCGACUUUCUGCAGGAUUCUUGUCGACGUUCAAACCCGAGAAUGACUGUUUGCCUUCAUGCAUCUGGUGAGAGGAGAGACCCUGCUGUCUGCCUUGAGGCUCGGAGGUUGGUAGUUCAAGUCCAAAGCUCACUCCUGUCUGAAGCUGAGGUACCUCAGAGGAACUGUGGACAAUUUGCAUUUUGUGUUUACAACCUUUUUUUGUUUGUUUGUUUAAUAACGGCCUCCAAUGGAGAGUUAUGAUGAUUUGAGAAGAAAAAAAUAAAGAUUUGAUGUGUUAAAACUGCGA